AUGUAUGUGAAAUGCUUUGAUACAGUAAUGUUUUACUAUGUGAAUUUAGUGAAUGUCAGUUUUUGUCAUUUUCAAAUUUCCCGCCGUUUCAUCCCCCGUACGUCCUGACGUCGCAGGGAACGGAACCCAGAAGACAGAUGCCUGCAUCCGCCGGAGAACAUUACAGGGGACACUGCAGGAGGGACAUCGCGGGAGUGCAGGAAGGUAAGUGAAGAAGAGAUCCCGGAGCAGCGCUGCAUGGUAAGCCUGAGUGUAGCUCGGGGUUACCGCUUGUGCUACACUCGGGAAUACCUCCAGGGAGGCUAC